AUGAAGUCGAACAAAAAUCAAUUGACCUUACAAGUUGUUGGUAAGAACGCAAUAUACAUUUCAUUUAAUUCAAGUACAGUAAUGUUCAUGUGAUCUUGCUUCUUUCAAUGUCUUGGUUACAUAUUAUAUGUAAAUAAUAACAAAAGAACAUUUUCAUUCUGACUCAACAUGUGAAAUAUCAACUCAUUAUUGUCCAAAUAUUAACUUUAUUAAAGAGGUGGUCAAGUCCGUUCAGCUGAUGUUUUAUAUUACCAAAACUGUGAAUCCUUCCUCUUGCCCAAAAAAGUGUGUCAUAUUUUCGUGCCUAAUAUCAUUUUAGUAAAUUUACUCCAUUCUGAUUGGUUAAAAACUGUGUUGAUUAAACAUUAAUUAAUCGCACAGGUGAACCGAUUAAAGAUUAAGCAAAGAAAAAUUCUUUUCAAAUAAUGCAAAAAAUUCCUCCACAGCAAGCAGACAGCAAAAUUAAUACAAGCUGAAAAUCCCCCACCCAGGCUCCCAUCACUUUCCUGUCCCUAAAAUUAUAUUGCAUUAGUGAGUCAGGGUUCGAAAUAACGUUCUGAAAAUAUGUCAAAUUUUGUAGGCUGUUUUUUGCAGCCAGGUGGAAAAUUUUUGCUGACUAUUUUCCAAGCAAAUUUUAGUUAUGUUCUGGAGUGGGCAUAGGCCAAAUAAUAGUGAUGUAAACCAACACAACAUGUGUAGGAAUAAACAUUAACAAGUUCUGUCUGGGUAUAAGUACGGUAUGGUGUUAUUGUAAGCGAGUCAUCGGUGAAUAAAUAUAAUAUUUUCGCCGAUCCCCACUAUGCUUUGAAAUUAAAAAUCGCCUGCAAGGUCCUAAAACUGCCGGCUAUCGCCGGAAGCCGGCGGCUAUUUCGAACCCUGUGAGUACAAUAAUAUAGAUGUAGCAUGUAUUAUUAUACUAAUUAUAGUUCAUUGCUGUUUAAUUGGUGUUUAAUAGUUUCAUUUAAUGUACAGUAGUUCACCUGGUUGUAAUGGGUUAUAAUUUAGGAGAAUAUGAGCACUACUGUAGCUGGCACUGGUUAUAACCAUUAAUGCUACAGUAUAAUACUAUAAUGUUUGAUUUAAAAUCUCCAUUCUAGGAUAUAGAAGUCAGCUGCAUGACAGAGGAAAGGUAUGUAGCAUACAUAUAACUACUUAAAUGACAUAUUACAAAGAAUGUCAGUGGUAGAACUUUGCAGUGUUAUUAGUGUUGUGGCUGAAAAUAGUUUAAAUUGCUGUUCCAUGAACAUUAGACAGAUUUAGAUCGAGGAAGCGGAUGUCAAAGACGACGUGAAAAUGGUGUGUUGUGCCCAUGUAUGGAUAUGCCACGCAUAGUAUGCAUUUUAACAGGAUACUGUCCAAUCCUGUUCAGGGCCUUCAGGCCAAAAACUGACUUGUCAUAUUUGAUAAGUGGUAGAUACUGUCUACUGUUUUCUAAUGUUGGCCACUUGAAUAAGCUAUUGAUCUUCAUACAACAUUUCACCGAUAUUUUCCUUUUGAUUUAAAGCAAGAUAAGAGGACGCAUAUUCAUUAUGAUAGGGCAUACUAACAGGGCUCGAAGUAGUGAAAAAAUAUAGCCUGCCAGUCUAAAAUUUUUUGGCAGGUGAAAUAAAUUUUAACGUGCCAUUUUUAUUAAUUGAACUGCCAAAAUGGCGAUGUCUCAUAUGAGUCAUAUUGUAAGAAUCAAUGUUUGUAUUAUUUUUAAACUUGUCUAUUUUACUACAGUGAACUUGGAUUUACAUUUCAAAUAUAAACGUAUUUAGCCAACUAAAUGAUCUAGUAUAUAUAUAACAAAUGAAAUGACAUAUAUCUAUAGAAUUUCACCUGCCAUUUUUUUUUACUUGGAAGUUCAAAUUUGUUUUUGCCUGCCAUUUCUAGAAUAUAGCCUGCUUUUGGCCAUUGGCAGCCCGCUAUUUCGAGCCCUGCAUACUAAUCUUUUGUACAAAAUUGAGAAAACAUUCCUGCUGGUUUAUUGUACAAACUGUACUUUUAAUUAUUAUAUAUUAUAUUAUAGUUUAAUAUAUUUUGUCAUGUAUUUGGCUCUGAAAAGCCUCUUUGGGGAGAGUUCAAUAAAUAUUGUAUUGUAAUGAAGUUGGGAUAUUUGACAAUUUUUUUUAUAAAUAUUAUAAAUAUUACAAAUAUAUAUUUCAGGUCCAGGCCUUACAUACAAGAAAUUUGAUUCCUGUAUUGAUUAUUAUUUCAUUUAUUUCAUUUAGGGCCUAGAUGAAAAUUACUUCGUGUAAUUCUAGUCACCCUGUUUAAAUAAAGUGUUUAUUAUUAUUAUUAUUUAUCUGUUGUAGUAUUAACUCUCACCCUCAAUAAUAAUCAACACCACCUGCAUGACCACCUACUAUAUCAUUCAGCAAAGACAGUUGAGGAGAAAAUACUCCACUUCAGCCGAUGUUCUAGUAACAGCUAGUAGUUGUUUUAGUUAUUUGAAAGCUUGUGAUGGUUAUUUUUAGGUGAAAACUAAAAGUGAUUCAGUCGAUAAUGAUUCAGUUGGAAAAAGAAAACCAAGGGCAAAACAACAAGAGACCCAAUUAAAGCUAAAACACAACAAAGAACGUUCAAAUUACGUAAAAGGGGCUAAGCUUUCUAGAGUAGCUGCAAAAUUUAAUGGAAAAUUACCAGACAACAAACCCAAGUCUACAGUGCAAAAAUCUGGUAACAGUGGUUCUACACCUGUCAAUGAAACUACCGCUUUUGUAACGAAAAAUGACUUGGCAAAAUUACUGGAAACUUUGAAUGAGAACAAUGUGGAUAAUGUGCCAGCAAUACAAAAUGAUGCACAACUUGACUUACAAGGUAUGUUUUAUUAUAGGAUUCUCACUUUAGUACUCUCUCAACUCUCUAAUUAAAUGCCUUGUAUCUAAUAGCUGCCCCAAUCAAAUUAGCAUUUCUGUGUAUAAUAUAACAUUUACUUAUAAUAUCUCUAUGAAAAUGUAUAACAUUUACACUCGAAAUUUUCAUCUACAAAACCCUUCAACCCUUAAUUGAUCAUUUCUUGAAAAUGUUGCUAUAAUAACACUGCAUGUUGGUUCUGUUUUAGGUCCAAGUAAUAAGACUACUCAACUAACGCAGAUGAACACAAAACAAGAUGAGAAAACCAAGGAAAUGAAUACUAAUGAGAAAUUUCAGGUAGUAGAGUUGCUUUGAUAUCAAAUAAACUUGUAAAGGCCCGUUUACACUUGCAAUUUUUGCUAUGAUUAUGAGUUAUCAUUGUUUUGAAUAUAUGUUGCCGCGGCUGAAUAUUCAUCACUCAUUCACUCGUUCACAUCCAUCAGAAGAAGAAAAUCGCACUAGAAAUGGCAGCAAAAAUUGCAAGUGUAAACGGGCCUUAAAUUAAUAGAUGAAAUUAUGAUGUUUAAUUUAUGCUGUCUAAAUAUACUGUAUACAGUAGAGGUGUGCAUCGGAUCAGAUUGGACGUUUAUAAUCCGACAUUUGGCUAAUGUUUAAAAUCCGAUCCGAAAUUGUCUAAUCCGAAUCCGAUCCGAGAUUUGAUAAAGAAUUUCGAUCCGAAUUUCUCAUUCAAGUUGAAAUAUUUAACCAAAUAAAUAUAAAAGCAAGAAAUACAUGUCAAGAAGCUGACAAAGUGACGUCCAAUUGAAGUAUCAAACGAAUAAUGCAGCGACAACCGCGAUAAUGCUUUGAUAAAUUCACGGAUAAUUAAUUCUUGCGAUAAUGCGUGGAUAAUUAAUUCAUUUUAUUUCGAAUAUCAAAGUCCGAUUCGACUGCGAAAUAACAAUUUAUCAAUCCGAUCCGAAAUGUAUAUUUUUGUUCCGAAAUCUGAACGAAUCGGAUUCGGAUCGGAUUUGCACACCUCUAGUAUACAGUACCGUUACAGUAUAUAAUUCAGACCUGGGAAAAAGCAGGAUCUCGGGAUCCUGCAGGAACAUUUGCCUUAACAAGGAACAUUUUCACUCAUACGUUAUGGGAGAAUCGUUAUAUCAAGCUUCCUUACCUCUUAUUUGAUUAUUUGCGAUUGUAAAGUGUUGUUCGAUGUUCAAAUUUGGUGUAAUGUACAGUCAAAUUUUUCAUUAACAUACGCACUUUUGAGUAUCCGAGAAACAUUAAAAACUUUUUCCAGGUCUGGCAUGUAUUUUACUCCAUUACUAGGUAUCUGAAAAGGUUUACAAUGAGUUGGAGAAUUUUGCACCGGUUGUGAAAGAAAACAAUCCUGGAGAAACUGUUGCUAUCACGAAAGAAACUAUAAAGCCAGCUGCAAUGAGAAGUUCCUUUGCAAUCGGG